GAUUCCCGUUUAACCGAGUUCCGUGCGUCCGCCUACUCCCGGGACCAGGGACCGCCGCGCAGUGAGCGAGCUGCGUCCAAGCCCACACCAUGAGUAACAUCUACAUCCAGGAACCGCCGACGAAUGGCAAGGUUUUAUUGAAAACGACAGCUGGAGAUAUUGAUAUUGAGCUAUGGUCAAAGGAAGCCCCCAAAGCAUGUCGGAACUUUAUUCAGCUUUGCAUGGAAGAUUAUUACAACAACACAAUAUUUCACAGGGUUGUACCUGAGUUUAUAGUGCAAGGAGGAGAUCCAACUGGUACUGGGUUAGGUGGAGAAUCUAUCUAUGGGGCCCCUUUCAAGGAUGAAUUCCACUCACGGUUGCGCUUUAUUCGGCGGGGACUGGUUGCCAUGGCAAACGCCGGGCCUCACGAUAAUGGCAGCCAGUUCUUCUUUACUUUGGCUCGGGCAGAUGAACUUAACAACAAGCACACCAUCUUUGGAAAGAUUACUGGAGAUACCAUAUAUAACAUGUUACGACUUACAGAGGUUGAAACUGAUGCAGAUGAAAGACCACUGAACCCACAUAAAAUAAAAAGUACUGAGGUUUUAUUUAAUCCUUUUGAUGACAUAAUUCCAAGAACCGGUAAAAAGCUGACGAAUGAGAAACCAGCUGAAGAAGCGAAGAAAGCAAAAUCCAAGGGCACAAAGAAUUUUAGCUUACUUUCAUUUGGAGAAGAAGCUGAAGAGGAAGAAGUAGAAGUCAACAGAGUUAGCCAGAAUAUGAAAGGAAAAAGCAAAAGCAGUCACGACUUGCUGAAAGACGAUCCACAUCUGAGCUCAGUUCCUGCCAUUGAAAGUGAAAAAGCAGAUGACAGUGAUAACUCAGAUGAGGGAGAAGAGGGUGCAUAUGGUGAGGAAGAUGAAGAAAUUGAUAGUGAUGAGAAGUAUCAGAUGAAAGAACGCAUUGUGAAGAAGUUAAAGAAAGAUGCUGAUCUAACAGCUCAAAAACCAACUAAAGAGAAGGAAGCGGAGAAGAAAAGUAGCCGCAGUGAGGACCUACGGAAGGAAGUGCGCCAGUUGAAACGUGAACUGUUAGCAGCAAAGCAAAAGAAAGAAGAAAAUGCCUCCAAACUAGAGGAGAAUAAAAUUGAAGAUGACAAAGCUGCCCCAAACAGCAUUGUUGCAGAAUAUCUGGAAGGAAAAAAGAAAUAUGAACAACUGAAACAGCAGCAGCCGAAGAAAGGACCUUCCCGUGAAGUUCAGACAUUGGCAUUGCUGGACAGAUUCAAAUCAAAACUGAACCAAGCAAUAGCAGAGACUCCUGAAAAUGAAGUGUCUGAACCUGAAGUGGAGGAUGAUGAAGGAUGGAUGUCACACGUGCUCCAUUUUGAAGAUAAAACCAGAAAGGUGAAAGAUGCAAGUGUGCAAGAUGAAGAUACUUUUGAAAUUUAUGAUCCUCGGAACCCAGUUAAUAAGAGACGAAGGGAAGAAAGCAAAAAGAUUCUGAGAGAGAAAAAGGCAAGGAGAUGAAAUGAAUGUAAAGUUUGCCAGAGCCAGCUUGGAAAAUGACUGCACAAAUGUUCUGGCUCUGUAGUAGCUGGUGUCCCAAAAUAUAUCACUUACAAGGUGUGAAAAGGAAUCUGGUGUCUAAUUUGGAAACAGUGCUAUCUGCUUUGUUUUGUGAAUUCUGAUG